AAACAAUGAAAUAAUUAAUUAUUUCAUUCGACUCAAUUAUAAUUAUAUAGGUAGUUUUAGAAUUUAGUAUUCUGUAAGGUAAUAAUGGUAGAAACAAUUGAAAUUCAAGAAUAUUAUGAAAAUUAUAAAAAAUUGAAUAUUUCUAUCUUGAAAAAUGAUAAAUUAAUAUUAAAAGAAUCUCAAAGUUGGAAAAUAAGUUUUUUACCUGGAUUAUCUUAUUUAAGGCAUUUACUUAAAGAAGUUUUUUUGCCUCAAGGAUUUCCUGACAGUGUACAUCCUGAUUAUGUUCCUUAUCAAAUAUGGGAUACUAUUCAAGCAUUUGCCAGUACAAUCAUUGGAACAUUAACAACUCAUUCGAUCCUACAAGGAGUUGGUGUUGGAAAAUCAACAGCAACUCCUUUAGCAGCAGCAAUUUCUUGGAUUUUAAAAGAUGGUACAGGGAUGAUUGGUCGUAUUUUAUUUGCUUGGUGGAAAGGAUCUGAUCUAGAUUCUCAAAGUAAAAAGUGGAGACUUUUAGCUGAUAUUUUAAAUGAUAUUGCAAUGGGAAUUGAACUUAUACUACCUUAUUUUUCACAAACUUCAAUAACAAUAUUACUCUGUAUUUCUACCAGUAUGAAAUCCAUUGUUGGUGUUGCUGGAGCAGCAACUAGAGCAGCUCUGACCCAACAUCAAGCAUUGACUAACAAUUUAGCUGAUGUUUCAGCUAAAGAUGGAAGUCAAGAAACUUUUGUUAAUUUAAUAGCUUCUGUUAUGGGGAUUCUUAUUCUUUUGAUCAUUGAAAAUUCGUAUAUACGAGAAAUUUAUUUAAUUUUGGUAUUAAUACAUAUUUAUGCCAAUUAUUCGGCAGUUAAAUCUCUAAGAUUAAGUACCUUAAAUGAAGACAGAUUAGUUUUACUAUUAAAACAUUAUUAUUCAACCAAAAUACUAUUAGAUACAAAAAAGAUCAAUAGUGAAGAAUCUUUAUUAUUUUUCAAUAAUACAACAAAAAAACAAUGUGGAUUUCACAUUAAAUUGGGAAUUUCCAUCUUUUCUAUUUUGAAAAAUCAAAAUCAAGAUUUUAUAAAAUAUGUAAGAAAUAUCAUAUUACAUAAUCAAAAUCACGUAUAUCUAAUUGUACCUGAUUAUCGACAAAAGACAAUUUAUAUAAGUUUAAAACAUAAUGUACAGCCUAGUGACAUUUUAGAAGCUUAUUUUAAAGCAUUUUUUUAUGGAAAUGUGAUAAAACAAUUCUUAAAAAAUGAUUCUUUAUUGAAAUGCACACAAAACGAAGGUCAUUUUAUACUAUCAAAAAUAUUAGUUCUUGAAAAUUCUCUCAAUAAAGAAUUUCUAGAAUGGUAUGAAUUAUUGAGAAAGAGUGAAUGGAAUCAUGAACAUCAUCUUUUACCUGUAAAAUGUUGGCGAGGGAUUUGGAGUGUAAAGAAUUGAGUUUAUUUUUUAAAAUAUAUAUGUCUAUGUAUUAUUUUAUAAAAAUAUGAUAUAAAAUUGAAUUUUUGCACUAUUGCUCUGCUUGGAGCCCUAAGUAUCUUGCUCAAAUUUAGAACCAGUUUGAGAUAAAUGUUUUAUAACAUCUACCCAGUCCCACCCUCGGGAUUUUUCACCUUUACCAUCAGUUUUAUUCCACUGACGUCUUUUUUGUGCCUUGGUAAGAAUUUCUUUUUUUGGUUUUUUCAUCGAUUCCUGUAAACAAUUAAAUAAAAAAUAUUAAAAUGAAUAAUGUUUCAAAUGUAUCAGAA